UAGUUGAAGUGUAACGUCUAAAGAGCAGACUUAAACAAACGGCAGAGUUAGCCAAAAGUCUGUAGAAUUACAUAAAAAGAAAGUGUAGAGUUUGAAUCAGUUACGAACUAUAACUAUAAGAAACUUAUUAGCUUCUCUUAAGCUAUGCAAAUGCCUAUUCCUCUGCCUCACAAAAUCUGUAUAAAUAGACUCAGCUUCUAAGCAUUUCCACCCAUCAUUUUUUCAUCUGAUAAACACCAAAAGACAUACUAAUGGCUUUCAAGAUUGUUCUGUUUCUCAUUUUAAGUCUCACAUCGGCUGUGAUUGCUAAUGGGGAUGGUCUGGUCGAAUCAAAUGGAAGUCUAGUUGAGUGCUGGAAUGCGUUGGUAGAGAUCAAAUCGUGUUCUAAUGAGAUUGUUCUGUUUUUCUUGAAUGGUCACACUGAUAUUGGGACAGACUGUUGUCGUUCUAUUGCGAUCAUCACUCGUAAUUGCUGGCCUGCGAUGCUUACUUCCAUUGGGUUCACUGCUGAACAAGGAUAUAUACUGCGAGGCUAUUGUGAUAAUUCAGCUUCUCCUUCCACUUCAGAUGCUCCUGCUGCUGCUCCUUCGCCCGUUGUUGCUGCCUCCCCAAUGCAACAUUUUUCCACUAAUAUAAUAUCCCAUGACCCCUGGUUUGCUUACUUUAAGGCCUAUAUUGCAUGGAAACCCGUCAAGUCCUUCCGUUUCCGUUUAUGA